AUGUUGUCACUAUUCCUGAUACUACUGCUGCUUAUCUUCACUCCUCACUUGGUAGAUACAGUGCACGGCAGUAACUGUGCAUCAAUUGAUGGCCUUCCUAUUCCACAUGAGUGGCAUCAACCCAACGACGUCAACAUUGGCGGCAUCGUCUCUUUCAUCCAUCACCUUUUCCGCCACGUUUUCUUCGUGAAGCGUCCUUCUGAGGAGUCGUACAACAUUGAUGCGGUGAUGACAAAGUUCUACCAGCACACCCUGGCUUUGGUGUUUGCUAUCAAGGAGGUCAAUGAAAAUCCCAGGAUCUUGCCCAACGUCACACUUGGAUUCCACAUCUUUGACAGCUACUCUCACGCAAGGCUGGCCUAUCAGGUCACCCUGGACCUUCUCUUCAGAUCAAAAGCAUCAAAGCCUAAUUAUAAAUGUGGCAAACAGAACAAUCUAAUAGGAGUCAUUGGAGGAUUUAACCUUGAGAUCUCCUCAUACAUGGCAGGAAUCUUAGAUCGCUACAAGAUACCGCAGCUGCACUCUUUCAUCCAGAGGACAUCAUUUAACAAUAACGCCGGAGACGAAAUUGCAUUUAAUGAACAUGGAGAACUAGCCGGUGGUUUUGAUAUCACAAACUUGAUCACUUUCCCAAAUAAUUCCUAUGUCAGAGUUAAAGUGGGAAGACUGGAUCCACAAGCUCCCGUUGGCAAAGAGCUGGACCUCAAUGAGGAGAAAAUCCAGUGGCAUCAAAACUUCACCCAGCUACCUCCCUUCUCCCUCUGUAAUGACAAGUGUCAGCCUGGGCACAACAAGCAGAAGAAAGAGAAAGAGGUCUUUUGUUGCUACGACUGUGUUUUCUGUCCCGAAGGGAAGAUGGCAAACCAAACAGACAUGGAUGCCUGCAUCAGCUGCUCAGAAGAUCAAUAUCCCGACCAAGGCAGAGACAGCUGCAUUCCUAAAGUUCAAAGUUUUCUUUCAUGGACAGAAACUCUGGGCAUUAUUUUGACUUCUCUGGCCCUUUUCCUUGCUCUGAUCACAGGUCUGGUGCUUGCACUCUUCGUUAAGCGACGGGACACCCCCCUCGUCAAAGCCAACAAUCGAAGCCUCAGCUACCUUCUCCUUGUGUCCCUCCUCUUCUGCUUCCUCUGUUCCUUGCUGUUUAUUGGACAGCCCAAUAAGGUGACCUGCCUUCUGAGACAAAUAGCUUUUGGCAUUAUCUUCUCCCUUGCUGUGUCUUCUGUUUUGGCCAAAACCAUUGUAGUGAUCAUGGCUUUCAUGGCCUCUAGGCCGGGAAGCAAAUUCCAUAAAUGGGUGGGAAACAGAUUGGCUUAUUGUAUUGUCUGGUCGUGCUCCCUCAUCCAAGUAGGUAUUUGUGCUCUUUGGUUGGGUACAUCUCCCCCAUCCCCAGCCUUCAACACACAUUUGUUCACUGACAAAAUCAUACUGGAGUGUAAUGAAGGGUCGGUCACCAUGUUUUACAGUAUUUGGGGCUACAUGGUCUUCCUCUCCAUCGUCAGCUUCUCGGUUGCGUUCCUAGCUAGAAAGUUGCCCGACAGCUUUAACGAAGCCAAAUUUAUCACCUUCAGUAUGUUGGUCUUUUGUAGUGUUUGGUUAUCAUUUGUCCCAACCUAUCUGAGUACUAAAGGGAAAGACAUGGUGGCUGUGGAGAUCUUCUCCAUCUUAGCUUCCAGUGGCGGGUUACUGGGUUGCAUCUUUUCCCCAAAAUGUUACAUUAUUGUGUUGAGACCCGAUUUGAACAGCAAGGAACAGCUAGUAAGGAAAAAACACCCCUGUAGCUAA